AUGAAUAAGGGUGAUGCCACUUCUUCUGCUCGAAUUCGGGAAAACCAACGGCGCUCUCGCGCGAGGCGAAAAGAAUACGUUCAGCAUCUCGAGCAAAAGUUACGAUCGUACGAAACGCUUGGAGUAACGGCAACAAAAGAAGUCCAAGAAGCGGGAAGAAAGGUCGCCGCUGAGAAUAUGCUGCUCCGAUCACUGCUGAUGCUCCACGGUGUCACGGGGGAAGAGAUCGAGGAGUACUUGGAGUCAAGAAGACAAACAACAUGUGCAAUACCACCCCGAUCCUCGCGAACCAUCUCUGCAAAAUCAACAAGCGUACAACGGACGACAAUUCCACCUGGUCCUCCAUUGGAUUGCCAUCUUUCAUCCGCAAAGCCCUCAGUUCCGUUGCCGAACCAAGAGCGACAUGAGAAAGAGAGUUUUAGGCGCGCUUUUAAUUUGCCAAGUCCGCACCCAGAACUUCCCACGGAGGAUAUUGCACGGAAAGCAAGCCAAGCACCAGCACCCAGGCCUGUCACACAUGAUCGCGUCUCGGAAAAGCAGCUGUUUGAUGGCCAGUCCACAUCAUGCGAGACUGCGGCCAGAAUAAUCACAGGCUUGCGAGAGUACUCGGACGUUAGGGAGAUACGAUCUGAGCUUGGGUGUACUUCGGAACAGAAUUGCAUGAUCAAAAAUAUGUCAAUUUUCGAGCAGCUGGACAAGGAAUAG